GGGAAUGUUGAAGUAAAAACAAACUUUUUUCCAAGAUACACAACGUCCACAGUUGACGUCUAUCUACCAAAUGGGCGUAAGCAACUCGAGAGGCACCGUUUUAUAAACUUUUCGUUUGUAAAAAAUAUUACAAUUAAUAUUAUAUAAACUAAUAAAUUACGACUUAAACUAUUAAUUAAUACGUAUCACAAUUUUUAGUUUGUUUUGAAAUUUACAUUCCUUUUUGUUAUUUUACUUUGUGAUACAGGUGGCGGAAGUGUCAACUUUUUAAAUUCGCGUUCAGUUUCGAGAGUGAAGUCCGUUCUAGUGUUGAUGCAGAAUUGGGUCAAGGUUAUAUUCGUUGGAGACGAAAGUUGUUUCGAAAAAUUGCGUUUUAAUUAAUAAUGUCUGGAUAACGAUUUCUAAAUUUAUUAGCAGAUAACCUGAUAAUUCUGUAUGACGAGUUGUUGCUGGAGAUUGUGUGAAAUUGUUUAGAAUAUGCUUUCUGUUUAUACAAUUGAGAAGAAAAGAAAAAAGUCUGAUGAUGAUUCCAUAUUUGAAAGUUUAGAAAUUAAUUCAUUAAAAUGGAAGAAAAUUGAGAACAUUAAUUUAAAUUUAAGCUAUACCAUCCUUUUUACAAAAAAGCAAGCUGAUAAUAUUUUUGGUCAACUCGAAAAAGAUAUAAAAUAUUUCAGCAAUGAUCUACUCAAAGUCAAAGUUUUUGGUAAAUGGCAUGAAAUUCCAAGAAAACAGGUAGCUUAUGGAGAUUCUGGAUUGACAUACAGUUUCUCAGGUACUACUAUUCCUGCUUUACCAUGGACAGAUUUAAUAUCUAAUCUGCGUCAAGUGAUUGUUUCUGUAACAGGCAUCAGUUUUAAUUUCGUACUUGUUAACAGGUAUAAGAAUGGAUUAGAUCAUAUAGGUGAGCAUCAAGAUAAUGAAAAGGAAUUAGAGGAGAAAGCUCCUAUUGCAUCCCUUUCUUUUGGUCAAGUAAGGGAUUUUGUUUUAAAACACAAAGAAUCUAGAGGAAAAAAUGUUAAAUGCAAAAUAGAUCCUGUAAAGAUUGAAUUAGAACAUGGAAGUCUUUUGAUGAUGAACUAUCCCACUAAUUUGUAUUGGUACCAUUCUUUACCCAUCAGGAAAAAAUGCAUUCAUCCACGAGUUAACUUAACUUUUAGAAAAUUUAAAGUUAAAUAGUGAUUACAUUUAUUUGCUAUAAAGUUAAAUUUAAUUUAACUUAUUAUUGUUACUAAAUUUAAAUGCAAAUGGUUUAUAAAUGUUACCAUACAACUUUAAUAUCAUAUCAGACAAGACAAUUUCUAAAUCUUAAAA